AUGGAGCCACUGUUUGCCCUUGUCGUCGCAUCCGAAGUUUUUGAUUUUACCGACUUUGGAGGUGAACUGAUUAGCAGGUCCUUCGUCGUGCGGGAGUCCGACCAGCCUCCGAAAGUGGAGGUGGUCAGGCUCACGGAUACUAUCAACACAUUGCGGGCCGUCGCUUCGGAAGUCCUGAGCAAAAUUGACAGCCUUAGAUUGAGCUACCGUACUCAUUCCGAUUCAAUCGAUCACCUCUACACCGAAUGUGGUAGAUAUGAUGCUAAGGAGGCGCGUGAGCGAAUGCAAAGCACCGAUGAAGGGGCCGAUCACGUCACAGACAUCGUAUCUCGCGUCCAAGUCACAAUGAAUGCUUUAAAGGGUGAUUUCAAGAGCAUCUCAGAGCGCAAGCCGCUGGGAGACGAGGGGUGGGAGAGAAUCGAUGAUGCACUUUGGGCUGUGACCGGGCUUGUCGACAUUUCUUGCGACAUACCUUCUCAGUAUCCAGACCCGCCGUCUUCCUCGACCUCAUCAUCCAGACCAAGACAACACCAACUUCGCGAAAAAAUCCUACGCAGUCUUGCAUUCGGGGGCAUGGCCGAACGCAGCAAGAAAAUUCCAACCGCGUAUCCAGAUACUUUUGGUUGGUUAUUUCACGCCGAAGGUGGAUGUGAACCGGGGAAUGGCCAGUCUAUGAACUUCAUGCAGUGGCUGGGGUCACAAACCGAGGAUAUUUUCUGGAUCACUGGCAAACCAGCAUCAGGGAAGAGCACUUUGAUGAAGUACAUCUCUACCCACAAAGACCUACGGCCCUAUCUUGAAGAAUGGGCUGGUAGUUCCGCACUUCUCACUGCCAAGUUUUACUUCUGGGGUCCCGGAUCGAAGAUCCAGAAGUCUCGCAUCGGCCUUCUGAGGUCCUUGCUUUAUCAACUCCUCGAACAGCGACCGGAUCUUUGCGAGUUGGUCGCUCCAAGAAGGCGGAUCUUUUUCGACCUCGCCGGGGACAAGGCUGAGUCUCCGGAUUGGAACUGGGUCGAGCUGCAGAAAUGUUUACUGAGGUUCGGGUCCCAUACUCGCAACCGCGCGCGACUGGCUCUUUUUGUUGAUGGACUCGACGAAUACGACAAAUACGACGGAACCACCCAAGAUCUAAUCGCCCUUCUCAAACAGAUGCAUCAAGACUACAACCUAAAGCUUUGCGUCUCAAGCCGGCCUUGGAAUGAGUUCGAGGAUGCGUUUGGCUCGAGCCCCUCACUGAAGAUGGAAAAUCUUACGGCCAACGACAUUGAGACAUAUAUCAAUAGCCGUUUCAAUGAAAGCAGGGCUCUGCGAAACCUGAGCAAAAUUGUAUCAGGUGAUGUCCAAUAUCUGAAGACGGAAAUGCGGCAAAGAGCUAAUGGAGUGUUUCUCUGGGUCGUCCUUGUUAUGGAGCGGCUUAUCAAGACAGCCCAGGGAACGCCCCUUUUCGGAGAAAUUUGGGAAGUCUUCAAUCAACUUCCCAGGGACCUAAACGAGCUCUACGAACGUAUAAUGAGCACAGUUGACGCUGCUAAAAAGAAGACUGCAUCCAGGUUGUACCAGCUAGUCAUGGAAUGGAAGCGGAAUUGGAGCGGCCAAAUUGAUGCUAUUCUUCUAUGGCUUGCCGUGGGAUGCCAGGACCCCACGAAGCAACUUCUGUAUCCGGCAAUGCAAGGCCAUGCCUUCAUCCCUGGAAUGGUCAAAAGACUUUUGGAGGAACAUACCAAGGGAAUCUUGCAGGUCUCUGGGAGCCCAACCCAGACCGUCGAUUUCCUUCACCGAACAGCCUUUGACUGGCUGAAGGAGAAAGACAACUGGGAGAAGAUAUGUUCACAACAACCCUCUGGAUUUCAAAGCUGUCUUACUUUGAUCGCCACUUUGGUCGGCCAUCUGCGAUCUUUGGAAGAAGUCAGCAAUGAUACUACGACACGGAGAGAGCACCGAAGACAGUGCGUUUUCCGAAUUCUCAAGUUCUCCAGAGGUGUCACCAACACGGCAGAGAACAGACGACAGCUAGCAGCCAUUCUUGACCAGUUGGAGUUGGAAGGGCUUCUACCACCACUAGACGUGGACACAAUCUUUCACAAAACUCAAUUCUCAAGGAAGAGUAGAUUGGUUCAAAAUGGCUUCUUAGCCUUGGCAGCAUCCUGGAGCUGCCUUCCGUUCCUUCAGGGGAAGUGUGACGGGAGCCCUGAAGUGCUGCAUAGUAAAGAUCAAGAAGCGUUCAAAUAUGUAUUAUCAGGCGGGCCGAGGCCCGUAUCUCUUCUCGAGGCCGCAGUCUUUGGGGCUGUUCCCCGGGUGAUUAGUCGCCGUUAUACCAGCUGGCUUGAUGAAGUGAGGGGCUUUAGUAAGUGGCAAGUGUCUAUGCGAGUUGACACUGUCAAGUUCCUGGUUGAGAAGUGUUAUCUCGAGAAGAACAAGAAGCCACCAAAGGACGUUAAAGAACACGUCAAACAGUUCAAAGAGAACACCAAGCUGGGCGAAGGGGAUUUUGAGAAUCAUUACUGGACGCUUGUGGCUAUGAUGUUCGGUGGGCUCUCGACCUCGGCCUCUUUCAACCAGGAGAAGCGCCGACUUUUGCCGGACAUUGAGGAAAGCCGUUUCGUGGAGGAGUUCCCGCAGUUUGAAAUCACACCUACACAGUCUCGCCAGCCAGACGCUACUCUGCGGCCAUGGCCAUCGAACUCUUACUGGCGAUGA